AGCUAGUCCGACCAUGGUUGGUUGGACGUUGGUAGUCAGAGUCGGUUUCAUUUGGUCGGGCUGUGUUGUAUUUGUGAGAUUAGCCAAAUUAGUAGGCUAAUAGUGAUUAAGCAUACGUUUUCAACUCGUUCAAAUAUUAUUGUUAUUUAUUGUCAUGUAACCUUUUUUGUCAGUAAAACAUAGUUCAAGGUUGAUGCAAAUCUAGUUGUGCACAAUGCAGAAUAGGCCUAUGCUGUAUUUUAAAACCUUCUGUUAUGCUACAUUCUUCAACCAAUAUGCAUCAAUUUUUAAAUGUUCUCGAGCUGAGGUUCAAAAACAGUGUCAUCUUAAUAAAUUGAACUACACUACAUCUGCUGGCCCACCCUGGAGAAUUAUAUUUUUUGGAACUGAUGACUUUGCUGUCAAAAGUGUACAGCCUUUGUGUGCAAAACUUCGAACUGGGACCUUAAUGAGUGAUCUGACAGUAGUUGCUCGUCCAGGAUCUGUGGUAAGAAAAUUUGCAGAAUCGGAAAAGCUUCCCAUCAUAGAAUGGCCUUUCAAAAGUGAUGUCAUAAAAAAUAAGUUUGAUCUUGGUGUAGUUGUAUCAUUUGGACAUCUAAUACCAGAGGACAUAAUUAAAGCUAUUCCACUUGGUAUUUUAAAUGUGCAUGGUAGUCUAUUACCGAGAUGGAGAGGAGCUGCUCCCAUCUUAUACGCUGUCAUGAACGCUGAUCCUGAAACUGGGGUUACAAUCAUGAACAUUGAGCCUAAAAAGUUUGACACUGGAUCAAUCGUUAGGCAGUAUCGCUGUGCCGUGGGCCCUGAUGAAACCACUCCCCAACUAACUGAAAGGUUGUCCGUACAAGGAGCAAAACUUCUCAUGGAGUGUGUUAGAGACUUGCCUAGAUGCCUGGAAAUGGCGGCUCCACAGCCAAAAGAAGGAAUCACUUAUGCUCCUCGUGUAACAAUGAAACUCUCAGUUGUUGAUUGGACUAAAUUGACAGCAAAGCAAGUAUACGACCUUCAUCGAGCUAUAACUCAUCUUUAUGCCCUCACUACAAACUGGCAUGGAGUUCAAGUGCGACUCUUGGAUAUCAAACUUGAUUCCAAGAAACGAGCUGUAGAAAACAGUUCUUUAGAGUCUUCUAGUAAAUCUGCCAUUGACUUCCUUAAUUCAAAUGAACAAUUCACUACUCCUCAAUAUUCAAUUGAUUCUUCAAAUUCCCCGCCUGGAACUAUAUAUUAUAACAAGUUGAACAAAACAAUGAAAAUUCAGUGUGCGGACGGAUUGUGCGUGAGUUGUGGAAGUUUGCGAUUGGGUGGAAAGAAUAGUAUAUCACCGCUCGACUUUUAUAAUGGCUAUAUGACAAAAGUAGAUAAAUCUAAAUGGUACUUUAGUUAGCUUGAUUUGAGCCAUGUGUUAAACUCGGUAGCCUAAUUAAAAUCCAUCUGGCAUUGAUUACCAUAGGCCUAGUCUACAAAUUGUUUAGGUCUCUGGACAUUAGAUUAAAUUUAAAUAGAGCCUAUGUUAAACAUAUUUGCUGGUAAACAUUAACUUAUGUCAUAUUGGUUUUUGUAAAACCAUUAAAAGAUAUCACAAUGCAGGCCUACUUAACUUAGAGAAAAAUAUUUUCUGUUACCGGUACUUAACAUCAUUUAUGCCUAGUAAUCCUAUUAAUCUUAGCGGAAAUGAACAUAUACCGGUAACUUAUGCAAGUUAUGUUACUUAGUUUUUUUUUAUUUUCAUUGUUUAAAAAAAUCAUCAAUAAAUACCUUAGUUCAUUACGGCUGGCCAGAAUAAAUAGGCUUCUAUCAACGAGCAUUUUUAAACAGAUCGUAGAGAUACCUUCAUAGGCCUACUACAGCUUAACGAAUUAUUUGUAUAAUGUCCUGUAACAGUAUGUAUUGUUUUUAAGUAAUACUGUACGUAGUUAGUCAAAAAGGCAAGACUUAUAGUUAAAUUUACCUUUCAAAUCUGAUUAGCAUCCUUUAUUUUAAUUGGUUUUCAAAAGUUUUGUAGUGCAGUACAGUAUUAGCCUAUUGUUAAACACUGACUUGUUAAUUGGGAAAGACAUUAGGCCUAACAGUUGAUACCCAUAGCGUAGUAUUUCUCAAAGUGUCAAAAAAAUAUUUUAUGGCUUGCUGUUUGUUUUAUGUUAUUAGGUCUCUGUUUCUUUGUAUAGGUACAACUAGCCUAACAAAAGCUACUUAGCUAUAGCCUAUGGAAAACCUUUUCAAUGUGCUAGAACAGUGUACGGUAAUAAUAAUAAAUCAAAAGUAACACUGUUGUAUGGGGUAGUGGUGAUGUAGACAUUUAGCUCUUUAAAAUCAUUGGAUUUACAACAAAAAUUAUGAACGGCUUUAUUUAAAAGCUCCUUAAAAGACUGACCCUCAAAUCACUAAUUUGUUAGUCAAACUUGGUACUAAAAAUUAAAAGUAUUAGAAGUUAUUUUAGCAGUACUGUACUCUAGAUUGCCCUGAGUUUAAAUUUACUUAUAACAAAUUUUGUCAGUUUGAUCGUAACACGGUCCCUACCAGACGUCACACUCAACUCUGUAGGCUAUGUACAAUCUUAAAGGCUAUGGUUGCUAUGUUUAGAUUUAAAACGUGGUACAGUAAUUAAAAAAAUAACCAACAGUUCUUUGCAUUAAUGUUAAACAAUUAGAUUUUCAGUCUUCAUGAAUUUGCUAUUGGUUUGUUGUUAUGAUCUGAGUAUUAACAAUAAAUAUUAAA